UAAUGGUGAAAUACAGUAGUUUGCGGUUAUUUUUAAUGUGGUAUUUUUCUUUUUAACCGCCUUCAAAAAAGGAGGUUCUCAAUUCGUCUUAAUUUUUUUGUAUGUAUGUUACUCGAUAUCUCCGAGAAUCGUGAACCGAUUUCCAUUUUUUUUUUAUCGAACGGGUAUAACCCCGAGAUGGUCCCGUUGGCACCAAGUCGGGGUCUGAUGAUGGGAUCUUGGAGAAAUCGAGGGAACUCUUCAAAUGUUAUAGGUACAUGUAUGGCGCUUUUGGUAAUUUGUGAAGUCGGUUUUAUUUUUUGUUAAAAAGUUUUUUAUGUAGGUGUCACAGAUAUUCGGUAUUCAGCUGUUGCCUACUAUACUUGCCUACCGGGCCAGACCGAAUGUUGCCGAAUAUUCGUAGCAUCUCUAGUUAUUAAGACAGAGAAAGGUGUAAAAUGUAAACAUAGCUUUCACGUCGACAGACGCAUUCAACAUAUAACCUUAAACUGAGUAAUAAUGUUGUCCACAGAAGUGGUGGUCCUCAGAGCUGUGAGAGGUCAUGAUGCACGGCUCCCCUGCGGCCAAGGCAAGGUGUUUCUAGACGGGCCUGACGCUUACGUCCUAUGGCUCAAGAAUGAGAGGGAAUUUCUCUACCGCUUCCCUAAUGAGGAGACUCAACGGAGAUCACUUUCACUAGACCAAGUAUUCGGCACAACGUGCAUCGCGGGCGCCUGCCACGACGAUACCUCUCUCCUUCUAAAGCGCGUGAGCGACAGAGACGGCGGCAUUUAUCGCUGCCGCGUGCACUAUCAGGCGUCGCCGUCGGUGGACUAUGUCAUCGAUAUGAGGCUGGUUGAUUCUCCGGGUACGCCUCAGAUCUACAACGAUGCUGGCGAACCGCUGAAGCGAGGUCACAUCCAGCACAUAAGCCUCGAAACCAAUUUCACUCUCACCUGCGAAGUUGCUGAUGAGCCAGACACGCUUCUCUUCUGGCGUCGCAAUGGCAUCGUGAUCGAGCGCGCCGAGGCGUCGCGUCCGCGCACGCUUCGCGCUACCGUGAGCGUGACCAACGCGACGCGCGCCGAGCUAGACGCGCACUAUGAGUGCCUCGCGCAGAACGCCGAUGUCACCGAGCCGUUGAGUGCGAGCGUUCUGGUUACGAUGUACUUGCCUCCUCUCAGCGUGGAGAUCCGCCUAAAUAACAACGUAGAUUUCGAGGCCGGUCAGCCCCGAGUGGUAGACUGCGUGGUGGUCGGUUGCGUGCCUCCCCCGUCCAUCACCUGGCAUCUGGGAGACACGUUGCUAAGACCGAGCGUGCAUAAGGAACUCCACGACGGAAACUACACAGUGUCCUCUUUGACACUAGCGCCAUCUCUCCGCGACGGCGGGCGCGAGCUCGCGUGCCGCGCGCACAACUCCCACCUCCCCGGCCAGGUGUUCCAGGACCAGGUCACCCUAAACGUGGGCUAUCGUCCAGUCUGCCUGUCAAGUGGCGAGGAGACUAUCGGAGCGGUGCCAGGCGAGGCCGAAACAGUAACUUGUGUGGUGGAAGCGUCACCGGAGCCCCUGCAGUUCAGCUGGACCUUCGCGGACUCACGCACCUUAUAUACAAGCGUCAAGAAACUCCCAGGCCACCAGCACCGCUACAGCUCAACGCUCACCUGGCUGCCGCGAGUCGGGGACUACGGCGCGCUGCUCUGCCGAGCGACGAAUUCGUUCGGCGAGCAGAAGCGAGCGUGCGCGUACGCGGUGGCGCGGGGCGGCGCGCCGCGGGCGCCGCAGUGCGUGGUCAAGGAGGUGGGGACUCUAAGGAUUCAGUGUAAGAAAGAUUGGGACGGGGGCCGCCCCCAAACUGUCCACCUCAUCGUCCGCGAUUCAACCGGCACGGUGGUCAACAACGCUUCCGACGCCGCGGGCCACUUCCAGCUAGCGUCAGCCGGGCACAACCUCAGUGCAGUGGUGUACGCGAGCAACAGUAGGGGACGAAGCGAGGAGGUGGAGUUACAGAUGCAGAAUACACCGAUGAGUGCUUUUGCAGUGACGGAGCCGACUCCCGUCCGCGGUUGGGCACGUUGGCUCGAGGUGUCAGCCAUCGUUGUCGUUGCCACUGUCGCUAUAGCGGCGACAACGCUCUGCGUGCGCGCGGUGCGGGCAAGGAGACACACGGACAACCCUGAUCUGGUGCCAAGGGCGGAUGGAACGUUCCAUCGCGAGCCAGACUUCGCGGGAGGUGAGCGGGUGCUUGGUACGACCAACAUCACUGUCAACCAGCUAGCUUCGUGUCAGAAUCAGUACACGUCAUCGCCAGUUCCCUCCUGCCGAGUUUUGGUGGGGUGUCCCCACCCCCCACCAGACGCCUGUCCUGCCACGCAACAUUCAUACUACGUUUAACACUUUCACCGCGUAAAACGUCAAUUGACGCGCGCCUCAAGCCUUCGUACUCUCAUA